AUGAACAUUAAAAACGUGACCGAGGCCAACAUGAGCUUGCAGUCCGUUAAGUCGCACACCCGCGAAACAGUCACAACUCUCAUCGGAUACAUGAUCGCUCAAGGCAAAGCCGAUUACCUCGGAGAACGCGUGACCCAGCUCGAGCAUUCACUGCAAUGCGCUCAUCUCGCGCGGAAGGAUCCAUUAUACAGUCAAGAUGACGAGCCAGUCAUUGCCGCCCUUCUCCACGACGUCGGCCGAUUUAUUCCAGCUGCUGAGAAGAUGGGAAAGAUGUACUCGGCAGACGGCGAAUAUCUUGGGCGGAUGAGCCACGAGAUUCUAGGCGAACAUUAUUUGCGCACGCUUGGGUUUAGUGAUAAAGUCGCUCAGUUGGUGGGCGCUCAUGUCAUGGCUAAGCGGUAUUUGACGGCCACGGACAAGGGUUAUUAUGAUGGAUUGAGUGAGACGAGUAAGAGGACUUUGAACUACCAGGGAGGUAUUUUCAAUGAAUCCCAGGUAAAAGAGGCGCAUAAAGACCCAUUGCUGCAAGCAAAGCUUGCCGUUAGAAGGUGGGAUGAUCUAGCAAAGGUGCCGAACAUCGAGGUGCCUGAUUUGGCGGAAUAUGAAGAGACCAUCUACGACUGUUUAUUAGGAACGCUGCCAACGUUCAAUUCCUUCGUUGAGAAUGGUUUUCAUGCAACGGCAAAGAGCUGUAUGCCAUCAUUCACCAAUCCCAACAACGUGUCGAUUAUCACUGGCGCGCCACCGUCUGUUCACGGAAUCGCCGGCAACUUUUUACUUGACAGAGAAACGGGCAAGGAAAUCAUGAUCAUGGACGGUAGCCUUUUGAGAGGUUCCACAAUCCUUGAACAAAUGUCUUGUCGUGGUGUAAGAGUGGCUGCGGUCACGGCCAAGGACAAACUUCGCAAGAUAUUGGCCCAUGGCCUCAAAGACGCAAUCUGCUUCUCCGCAGAGCGGGCUGGCGAAUGCACACUUGAAGAGAAUGGGAUCGAAAACGUUGAAAAAUGGAUUGGUAGGGCAGCAUCGAGUCGUUACUCUGGAGACUUGUCCUUGUUUGUGCUUGAUGCUGGAAUCAAGCUUCUAGAAGAGGGGAAAUCCGACUUCUUAUACCUCACUCUUUCUGAUUACAUUCAGCACAAAUAUCCGCCAGAAAGCAAAGAAGCCAAUGAGUUCAUGGCUGCGAUUGAUACUCGCUUACAAUAA